AUGGAUCUCGAAAUGAAGGCUCUUGUUGAUAACGAAACUUGUGUUCUCUGUGAUUUACCUAAGGAUAGAAAGCCGGUUGGUUUUGAACAUGAUCUGAUUAUCAUAGCCCUUGUUUAUGUGGAUGAUAUUUUUGUUACCGGUUGCAAACCUUCUUUAAUUCCUGUGGAGCAACAUUUGAAACUUGAUAACAUAGAGAGCGCGGCUGACCCUUUAGUGAAAAAUGUUGUUAUAUAUCAACAACUUAUUGGAAAAUUGAUUUACUUGACUCUCACGAGACUUGAUAUUGCCUUUAGUGUCCAAUCGACAGUUUAUCGGUCCUCUGCUGAGGCUGAGUACAGGGCUAUGGCCCAAACGUGUGCUGAGAUAGUUUGGGUUCUUGGCAUACUUGAGGAUUUGCAUAUUAGUCAUGAUACUGUUGUAGAUUUGUAUUGUGAUAACACCGCUGCUUUACAAAUUGCUGCUAACCCCGUGUUUCAUGAAAGAACCAAACAUAUUGAGGUUGCUAAUGACAGUCUUUCGAGUGAAUGGGGUGUUAAAAAUUGGGCUUCCACCUCUUGGCCCGUAUUGAGUUCAGGUUAUGGGCUUGGCCCAACUUCUGCUUGUAGGUGA